CCUGGUGAUACUUGUUGGCCAUCCGAUGCAGACUUUGCAGCCCUCAACGCAACAAUUUCUGGUCAUCUCCUGCGUGGUGUUCCCCCCGCCUCUGUGUGCUACGCCGAUCAACCAAACUACGACCAGAGUGCUUGCGAACAGGUGCGCAUGAAUUGGUUCAACGCAGAUUUCCAUGCCGAGUACUCCGUCAGCAUUAGUUUUCCAUAUUGGGCUGAUAAUCCCUGCCCUCCAAUUUUCCCAAACGGUACGAGUGUAACGGGAGACGUGGAUGCGGGCAGGAAGGGCUGUUCGAUUGGUAAAUACCCGGCAUACGUCGUGAAUGCGACGGGAUAUAGAGAAGUACAGGCAGCGUUCAAAUUUGCGGCCAGGAAAGGCAUCAGAGUCAAUGUCAAGAGCACAGGGAUCUCGCUUCAGGGAAGGAGCACAGCGUUUGGUAGCUUGUCAAUCUGGACGCGUUAUAUAAAAGGAAUACAAAUCUACAGCGCUUUCCAAGCUGAGAAGUGUGCUUCUGCCGGCAGCUCUGCUGCUGCGAUUGUCGCUGCUGGAGAAACGGUCAGAGCAAUCUAUGAAGCUGCUGGAGAGAGGGACAUGAUCGUCGUAGCCGGCUUAUCCCAGCACGUUGGCAUUGUGGGAUGGGUCACAGGUGGAGGUCACGGACCUCUGUCGAGUACCUACGGUAUGGGCGUUGACAACGUCCUAGAAGUCAAGAUGGUCACUCCAAACGGCGACUAUCUUACUGCCAAUGCUUGUCAGAAUACAGACCUGUUUUGGGCCGUUCGAGGCGGGGGAGGAGGGACCUUUGGGGUUAUCACUGAGGUAACGAUGAAAGCCUUCCCAUCCCCAACAAUUACUACUCACGAUCUCUCCAUCGCCGCGCAACGCUCAACGACGGAUUCAACGUGGUGGAAACUUGUUGCGGAGAUCCACUCGCAUCUCCCUUCGCUCAAGGAGGGAGGCUUGGAGGGUUACAUAAUCAUGACCCCUUCCGUCUUCACCACCACCCAGACCAACACCUUCACAUGGACGUUCUCCCUUUACAAUAGACCAAACGGCACCAUUGAAUCCCUCUUGAAGCCUGUAAUCCAGUUUCUUGACGCGAACAACAGCACAAUCACCUACACCACUUCCAUAACGCACCCUUCAUCUUUCCUUGCUCACUGGCUCUCAGGCCUCGGCCCCGAGCCUGUUGCAUCCUCUGCCGUCAGCUCCGGGAGUCGCCUUCUCCCGGCCUCCGUCUUCUCGUCAGAAGACUCCAUUGCCGCUUUCGCAACUGCCCUAGAAAACAUAUCCGCACACCCUUCCGACGCAGGCCCGCCCAUCCUGCAGUCACACAUGAUCGCUAAUAGCGCCAACCGUGGUCUCAAUAUCAGUCUUGUAUCUGCAUGGCGAGAUGCUGUUGUGCAUUUUGUCAUUGGCGAGGGUUUUGCCGACAGCGUAUCGCACGCGGAUGCAAAGGUUGUGUAUGCACGACAGACGGCAAGGACGGAGUUUCUGAGAAUAAUGGCACCAAAAAGUGGAGCGUAUUUGAAUGAGUGUGACCCUUUCAGUCCGCAAUGGCAAAAUGAUUUUUGGGGCGAUAAUUACGAAAGGUUGAAGAGAGUAAAAAUCGGUGUUGAUAGGACUACGGCGCUAUGGUGUGUCAGCUGUGUCGGUGGGGAGGGCUGGGUCAGCAAGGAGGAUGGGAGAUUAUGCAAGGCUGAUACAUACAUAGGUCAGGCGUAA